UCAAAUUUUAUUUGAUACCAGUUUAUACUUUAUUCUAUUCACAAAGUUAUGGCAGACAGGAGCCAGCCAAUCGGACCUCUUAUUCUCUAGAAAGUUGCCUCCCUUUCCAUCUCCUUCCUUUCAGCGGCAACCAAACCCCCAAUUUCCACCGACCUUUCAGUGGUCAAUGGCGGUUGUGGCGUUGACUUUGGUCUCCUUUCUUCUCAGGUUUUAGCAUAAGGUGUGCUAGUGUUGUGUUGGGAGAUGGAAGAGGGAGAGCCGGGGCAACUUAAAAGGGCGGUUAUUGAUGGGACGUCCGGUUUGAUCUCAGGCGCUAUAUCUCGGACGGUCACGUCGCCCCUCGAUGUUAUUAAAAUCCGGUUUCAGGUUCAACUGGAACCGACUACUACAUUUACAUUGCUUAGCAAAAAUGUAUAUGGCCCCUCAAAAUAUACCGGAAUGAUUCAAGCAUCCAAAGACAUCUUUAGAGAAGAAGGCCUUACGGGGUUUUGGCGUGGUAAUGUUCCGGCACUUCUCAUGGUCAUGCCAUACACUGCUAUACAGUUCAUGGUGUUGCAUCAAGUCAAGACUUUUGCUUCUGGCUCCUCCAAGUCGGAAGAUCAUAUUCAAUUAAGUCCAUAUUUGUCCUUCAUGAGUGGGGCCCUAGCCGGGUGUGCUGCUACUGUUGGGUCCUACCCGUUUGAUCUAAUACGAACCAUUUUAGCUUCACAAGGGGAACCAAAGAUAUAUCCAAAUAUGAGGUCUGCCUUUGUUGACAUUAUGAAAACACGUGGUUUUCGUGGGUUGUAUGCUGGAUUAUCACCUACUCUAGUCGAGAUUAUUCCCUAUGCUGGCUUGCAGUUUGGUACUUAUGACACCUUCAAACGCUGGACCAUGGCCUGGAAUGCACGCCGGUCUUCAGAUUUAACGCCAAAUGAAGAAUCUUUGUCGAGUUUUCAGCUUUUGGUUUGCGGGCUUGCUGCUGGAUCAUGUGCCAAGGCUGUUUGUCAUCCCCUUGAUGUAGUGAAGAAGCGAUUUCAGAUUGAAGGAUUGCAAAGACACCCUAGAUAUGGGGCCCGGGUUGAGACCCGUGCUUAUAGAAACAUGUACGAUGCACUAAAGAGGAUCUCGCAAAACGAGGGGUGGGCGGGGCUUUACAAGGGAAUUGUACCAUCCAUUGUGAAGGCUGCACCUGCUGGUGCUGUAACAUUUGUUGCUUACGAAUAUACAUCUGAUUGGGUGGAAUCCAUUUUGACUUGAUAUUUUUUCUAUUUUUUUGGAUCCCAAUAGGAUUUAACCUUAAUAAAAUUAAAUGUCAUUCUUCUUAUCCA